GCGAUUAGUGCGGCGGCGGUGACGCAGCGCUCAUUGAAGAGUGCUUCACGCGCUUCGGCAGUGGCUCGAUCGGUUGUGCUCAAGUGAAAAUGGCCUCGUCCUUCUGGAAAGGUGUUGUCGGUGUGGGCCUUUUCGCCUUGGCACACGCUGCUUUUUCCGCGGCGCAGCACCGGUCCUACAUGCGACUGACAGAGAAAGAGAACGAAACAUUACCUAUAGAUAUAGUGUUACAGACUCUGCUGUCGUUCGUGAUCACGUGUUACGGCAUAGUUCACAUCUCGGGCGAAUUCAAAGACAUGGAUGCUUCUUCAGAGCUCAAAAACAAGACGUUCGACACGUUGAGAAAUCACCCGUCGUUCUACCUGUUCAAUCACCGAGGCCGAGUACUCUUCUGCCCUCCUGAGCAGGAGCCCUCCACCCCCAGCGCCCAGGCCUUGCCCUCCAAUCCCCUGCGGUUACGCAAGCUGGAGAACUAUCAUUGAGACUGGCCUUCAGUGGGCUGCCUUCGCCCGGUUUCAUUUGUUUCUUUCUUCGAUUUAUUUGUUAGCUCCUCGGUUGAAAGGGAAAAUAAGCACAUUUUCCCGUCUUGUUGUAUAUGUGAAUAUGCUGUACAAACAUGCAUCUCUCGUGGUUACUAUUUUGUCAAUGGACUGUGCCAACUCCUUUUCCAGCUGAUAUGUUUGUAAAUACUUGUUAUUGCUUGGGAGUCUUAAGUCUGUCGGUUACGGCCGUAGCCCUCCGCUUGGCUGUCGCACACAGGGCACCGAUCCUACCGUGUACAAUGUCGGCUUGCCAGGUUUUUGGCCGAACCGACCCUAACUGCAACCGGUUCUUCCCUGUCCCCCCGUCUGAAUUGAGGUCAAUGUUGUGGACCAUAAAUUGUAUUAGUGUUCAGAAGCAGUAGCUCUGAUAACCGAACUUCAGAUUUGAGCUCAUACAACUAAAAAAAAUAAUAAAAAAAAUGAAACUCUUUAAAACGCGUCUGUACAAGGCCAUAAUAGAUUAUGUAGAUUAAUAGCAAUUCUAACAAUACUGUGAACACUCAGUGGGAAUGAAUGGUACUUUUUUUUUUUUUUUUUUUUGAGAAAGGAGGGGGAAGGGGGCAAUGUUUUCUGAUUUAUGUGUUGAGACACAACUCCUUAUUUUUACCUUAAUAAAAUUGAAAUUUUAUUGACGAA